CUUUUUAGACAAAAACAUUGUUUCCCCGUUACAAAUUGUGAUGUGAGUACUGGAAAAGGCUCAGCACGCAACAAAAAUGGGUCUCAGAAUCUCUGACAUCGUUGCAACGCUAAUAUUGAACACGAUACACAGUGCUUACACGGCGGACCACAUCCUGUCCUGUGACGCGCAUGUUCUAGACCAGUGUACUGGGGCCAACCAAUUCUGUAACCAAACAGCGCACGAAUGCCAAUGUAUUAAAGGGUUCAUAUGGGUCGGAGAUGAGUGCGUGGACCCUGACGUGGACCCUUCGGAACCCCACAGCGCCGCAGCUGCGGUCAUCGCUAUAUUCACGAUAGCUCUAGUCAUCUGUGGCCUCUAUUUAGUUAUAAGGAAGUACAAUCUGGUUGAGUAUGCCAGGCAAAAGAUCAACGCGCGAAGGAACAAUGACGUGAUGUACGAGGAUGUGAUGAUCGGGCAAGAUGACCCACCCCUCAGCCCUUGAAGUUGCCUUGUUACCUCUUAUAAACAUUUAUUUAUUUGUGUAGAUUAAAUAUUGAAAAAGUGUAAGGUUUUAUGCAAUGUCAAGUGUUUGAAUAAGAAAAAACUCAGAUUUUGUCAUAUUGAAAUUUUGUUGCUUUUCAGGCACUUGACAAGAUGAUUAUAAUGACUAUCAUGUCCUAUUGUUGUGGUUAGCUAGCUUUAAUUGCUGAUAUACCUUUACGACUAAACCCAUUAUUCUAGAAUAGUGGCCUAUCUCGACACACCUAGCUAUCAGGAAAAUGGUUUAACAAACUUGAGGCGGAACUGGUGCACAAAGCCGACAAUAUUAUGCACGCCAAACACUUUGUUGUCGAGUUGCAGACACCAGCCCGUUGCACCAAGUACCAACUGAUGGAAUGUACAGUGUGAAUUCACAAUCAAAUCAGGACAUCCAAAUACAGCUAUUUAUUAGAUAAAAGUGCAUUAUUUUGGUUUAGGCCAUUAUAUUUUUAAAAAGCUGCAAUAUGUACCAGUAGUAGGGUGUAUUUAUUUCCUGGUUUGCUGAUAUUCCUUGGUCAACUCUCAGAUUUUAGACUACAUUCAUAAGUAAAUAAAUACAAUUCAUCAAAUUUGAAAUUAUUCAUAGAAGUCAAAACUUCAAUAAUUAGUUUAUUUAUGAUUUCCUUCUCUUAGAUGCUUGUGCUCAAUUUAGCCAAAGACUGAAUAUUAUGAAUUCCAAUAUUUAUUUGCACAAAAUUUGUAUAUUGCUAAUGGCUAUCUAACAAAUGUAAAUAUUGUAUAAAAUUAAACAGACUAAAUGAAAAGCAGCUUAUUUUUUUAUGUUUUGCCAAUUACUUUAACCUUGAUAUAAGUUGUUAAAGGAAUAAAUAGGAAUAAGGAAUGAAUAACUAAUACAUCUGAAGUGAACUUUAGCUUGCUAAGAUCACUUGUUUAUAUUUUCAAUUCC